CCACAGAAAUGUUGUGCACGCUGUUGCAUUGUGGGGACAGAUGAUUGACGCGGCGGCCAUUUUCCCGCUGGACGCUGCUUCCCAUUGUGGAUACGAAGAAGAAAAUAAAGAGACAAGCGGAACAUUUCUCACGACUUCUACUCACUUUUCCCCCCUAGGUGAUCUGUAGUAGUCAUGGCCCGUACCAAGCAGACUGCCCGUAAGUCCACUGGAGGCAAAGCCCCACGUAAACAGCUGGCCACAAAGGCUGCUCGCAAGAGCGCCCCUUCCACUGGUGGUGUGAAGAAGCCCCAUCGCUACAGGCCUGGUACUGUGGCUCUGCGUGAGAUCCGUCGUUAUCAGAAGUCCACUGAGCUGCUGAUUCGCAAGCUGCCCUUCCAGCGCCUGGUGAGAGAAAUUGCCCAGGACUUCAAGACUGAUCUGCGUUUCCAGAGUGCAGCCAUUGGAGCUCUGCAGGAGGCCAGCGAGGCUUACCUGGUGGGUCUGUUUGAGGACACCAACCUGUGCGCCAUCCACGCCAAACGUGUCACCAUCAUGCCCAAAGACAUCCAGCUGGCACGUCGCAUCCGCGGGGAGCGUGCUUAAACACCCUCUCCUCCUCCUCCUCCUCCUCCUGAUCCUUUUCACCUCCUCCUGCCCUUCCUUCACCAGUCUGUCUCUCCAUCCCUCUGCCCCUCACCCGCUCCCCGCCUCCCUCUCUCCCUGUGUUAGUAGUGUGUAGAGGAAAACUGAUUAUAUUAUGAAUAAAGUGUAUAGUCGUGUUUUUCUUAGUGCUCUUGGCAGCAGACUUCUAGGAUACUCUCUUUCUGUGCAUGUAUCGACUCUUUGGUGAUGAGAUCUCCUUAAGUACACACAUCUCCUGGUUCGCACUGUUUCUAUUCAGACACGCAGGUGAGGGUGAGAGGAUGAUGCGUGGAUAUAACAAGGAAAAUGGACUAGAACAAUGCAGACUUGGAGGGACAGACAGGAGGAGAGGAUGGGUAUUUGUCUGCUGGGGGACUCUUGUCUCCUCUCUACAGCAGGGUGCUACAAGAACUUACUUGUUCCUCUUCUCCUGCUAUCUAUGCUCUGCCAGCCUCCGCUGUCAAACAUGCAGAGGUGACUGUUAGUCUCAUCUGUUGUAGGCCGGGGCUGGAUUUUCUGUCCCUGAAUGUGUCUGCGUGAGUGUUUGCUCUCAUCACCACAGUAAAUUGUAUACAAUCCAUCAGCAUCUUUGGAGAAGUUGAUUUAAGAUUACCAUAUUGAUCAUCGCUGUCAUUCAUCAUGUUAGUUUUUUUUCUUCCAAAUAAGACUUACACAUGGGAUUUCUUUUUCACUGCAAUCUAUUUGUGGAUGAGAUGGAGAUGGGGGGAUGAAUCAGAUUCAAACAGAACAAAAACAAACAAAAAAAACAGAUUUGAACUAUUUUUUCUACUGAAAUGUGGAGCUACUGAAUCGUUCUGGCACCAACGUUUAAAUCCUCUUGUAGAUGCUCUUUUCCUGACUGACAGAAGAGUUUCACCUCACCUGUUUUUGUGGUGUUCCAAUUGGUUUUAUCUAAUUAUUUUACCCAAAGCUCGAGCGCUCAAGCAUGGUGUCAGAGAUACUUUUUUAACCGUGGCUCAUUUUCUAAUAAAGGACCUUUUUAUAACAAAGGUUCAUUAAGGUUUGUAAUGUUCUCCAAAACCAAAAGAUCUCAAGAUUUUUUAAAACAAAGCAACUGAUUAAAAUGUGAAAAUGUAUCGUAAAUCAGUGUUACAUGACAGAUAAUAAUAGUCAUGUUUUCUGUAAACGUCCCCCCUUUGCCUCUAUUUUUUCCUCCAGAUCAGUUUGAUCAUCUGUGUACUGUUUCUCAGGUUGGCUCGUCACCCUUUUAACUUAAUUUUUAUUUUUUUGCUCAAUUUGAUUUUCUUUUUUGAAAUGUUGAGGAUGAUGUUUCAAUUAAACAAUGUUUGUAAUUUCCAGAUUUGUCAUAUAAGGUGGUAAUAAAUGGAUGUUACACACAC